AUGCGCAACCAUCUCGACCAAUGUAACGUCAUGCUAUCUUUAGGAUUGAAUGGUAUCUACCCAGAUAUCUUCCAAAGAGACCCGGUGCAGGAUAUCGUCAAACUGCAAACCAUGCUGUUUGCUAUGCAAUACUCGUGUGCGAAAUGUUGGAUAGAUUGUGGCGCGUCGUGCAGGGCUCGUUCAAGUCAGCUGGGAAGCCGGAUCGAGCUCAACUAUCAUCAUUGUGGCCAACGGGCUUUGGGAUCUUCUAGUGACAGCCAUUGCCAGGCGAUGAAUAUUACUACCGAGAGGGGGUUGCAAAGUCUAGGGGACAGCAUAAUAUCAUUGUGGAAUGAGGGGCUGCCAGUUCUGUUCUGGGGUCAUCAUCCCAUACCGAUGUGUGUAAGGUAUACGCCUCUGGUUUUACCACCAUAUCAAUUCAAAAAGGCCAGGCACUUACAGGAACUCAAAAAGCCUCCCAAGGCAAUCGUCGAGACAGCGGCGGAUAAACCCGAGACGCCUCUCGGGUUGUGGACAUUUGUUGGAUACCAAGGCUCAAAAUGCGGUUUGAAUGAAGUCUCAGUGGAGGACAGAGCAGCAGAGGACAGCAGAAUGCAACAGUUAUUGAACCACAGUCUGAAUUAUAUCAGCUCACGACUACUCCUAAUGACUUACAGCAGGAACCAGACAAGCAAGCCAGCUUCCCUGACAAUCUUGCCGGGCAGCUGAUGGAGUGUUACUAGAAUCAUUCCACAAAUUCCAGAUAAAAU